CGGACACAGAGGAAGGACGCUCUUGGACUUGAGGAUUUAGGAAUUCAACACUUGGGACGAAUUGUCAGCCUUUGACCCUGCUGUGUGAGCAGCAUUCGCUUCAAUGCUGAAGAUGGAGCCUCUGAACAGCACAUACCCCAGCACCGCAGCCUCCAGAAGCCCACUCGAGUCCCAUGUGCAUGGUGGCAGCAGCAGCCAUGGCCACGGCCACGGCAAUGAGUACUUCUACAUUCUGGUCGUCAUGUCCUUCUAUGGCAUUUUCUUGAUUGGGAUCAUGCUGGGCUAUAUGAAAUCCAAAAGGCGGGAGAAGAAGUCCAGCCUCCUGCUGCUGUACAAAGACGAGGAGGGGCUCUGGGGGGAGGCCAUGAAGCCGCUGCCCGUGGUGUCCGGCCUGAGGUCGGUGCAGGUGCCCAUGAUGCUGAACAUGCUGCAGGAGAGCAUGGCACCCGCGCUGUCCUGCACCCUCUGCUCCAUAGAAGGGGACAGUGUGAGCUCCGAGUCCUCCUCCCCGGACAUGCACCUCCCCAUCCAGGAGGAGGGGGCGGACGAUGAGCUGGAGGAGACUUUGGAAACCCCCCUCAAUGAAAGCAGUGAAGGGUCCUCGGAGAGCAUCCAUCAGAAUUCCUAG